AUGAUUAAACAACAGCAACCACAGCAACUUAAGACACAAAGCACCCAGGUCCUUCAAACCAUUACAUACGCCAUAUAUGCAUAUAAUUCAAAGACGGCAGAACAAACGCAAAGGUUGAAAUAUGGAGAUUUGGAGAUAGUAUUGAAAAAUGACCAUUUCGAAUUCGUUUGCAAGGGUGGUGCAGUGAUAUCAAAUAUAAAAGAAAUUUUAUUUAUGAAUUCAAAAAUUAAAGGUAUAACGGAUGAUAUAACAUCAAUUCCACCAGAAGAACAAAGAUAUUACGCAUUAAAUGCAUUUCCUAAAGUUUUGAAGAUUGGAAGAUUUAAUUUAAAUGAGGAAUUCAUAAAAGGUUUCCUAAAUGACAUAAUGAAGAAAGCAGAUAAGGAAUAUGUGGAUAGUGAGUUAAAUAAGAAAGCAGAUAAGGAAUAUGUGGAUAGUGAGUUAAAUAAGAAGACAGAUAAGGAAUAUGUGGAUAGUGAGUUAAAUAAGAAAGCAGAUAAGGAAUAUGUGGAUAGUGAGUUAAAUAAGAAAGCAGAUAAGGAAUAUGUGGAUAGUGAGUUAAAUAAGAAAGCAGAUAAGGAAUAUGUGGAUAGUGAGUUAAAUAAGAAAGCAGAUAAGGAAUAUGUGGAUAGUGAGUUAAAUAAGAAAGCAGAUAAGGAAUAUGUGGAUAGUGAGUUAAAUAAGAAAGCAGAUAAGGAAUAUGUGGAUAGUGAGUUAAAUAAGAAGACAGAUAAGGAAUAUGUGGAUAGUGAGUUAAAUAAGAAGGCAGAUAAGGAAUAUGUGGAUAGUGAGUUAAAUAAGAAGGCAGAUAAGGAAUAUGUGGAUAGUGAGUUAAAUAAGAAAGCAGAUAAGGAAUAUGUGGAUAGUGAGUUAAAUAAGAAGGCAGAUAAGGAAUAUGUGGAUAGUGAGUUAAAUAAGAAAGCAGAUAAGGAAUAUGUGGAUAGUGAGUUAAAUAAGAAGACAGAUAAGGAAUAUGUGGAUGAAAAAGAUAAUGAAAUUAAAGAAAUGGUUGAAUGGUAUCAUGAAUGGACAUCAAAGAUUUUAAAAACUAAAGCUGAUACAGGAUGGGUUUCAGGAUGUUUAGACCUUAAAGCGGAUAAAACAUAUGUUAACGAUGAGUUAGAGAAGAAGGUAGAUAAGGAAUAUGUUAACGAUGAGUUAAUGAAGAAGGCAGAUAAAACAUAUGUUAACGAAAUAUACCAAAGUUUGAUAGGAACAAAAAAUAUUGAAACUAUUGUUGGUGACUUUUCUGUCAAUGAAGAAAAUAAAUAUUUUAGAUGGCAGUUUGUACACUCCUUAAAAAAUGGUAUACGGUGGAAACUCAUUCCGAAAAAUAACAAUGAAAUGUAUGUAAGUUAUAAAAAGAAUGAUGACACACAAGUUAAAGUUCCAUUAGACAACAACUGUUACUUAAACUUAUAUGGAGACGAACAAAAGAAAUAUUUAAGAGUUUAUGAAAUGGCAGAUAUGACAUUGCCUGACCCAGCUCCAGCACCAUAUUAUUAUGACUAUGGAGAUGAUGUCAGAACACCACA